AAAAAGAAAGGAAAUCAGAAGAAAACUAAAAAGGAAUGAGCCACCUCGAGGGAGAAACAGUUGCAAGGCCCCGCAACUGGAUUCUACGCGGCACCGUUUUAAUCCUAACUCUACAGCUUCUGCAGACGCCGAAUGCACUGCAGCACACCGAGGAGGGACUCGAGCUGCUCUUUCGCGAGCGUUCACAGUCAGACUGGGAGAACGUUUGGCACCGGGAGGCGCAUUCCCGAUGCCGAGACAAGCUGGUCCGCCAGCUCUAUUGGGCGUGCGAGAAGGACAUUUACAGGCUGACGCGACGCAAUCGUAAGCGGAGCGGCAACGGGGACGGGGACGAGAACUGGACCAAGCGUACGAUGGACAAACCGUCCAUCAAUGGUGCGGCUGGGUCCACCUGGCUGCAUGUGAAUGUUGCCAACAUGCUGUUGCGGAGCAGACGAACGGAUGCGCCCUCAAUUACCAACGAGUGCUGCACAAAGAUGGGCUGCACCUGGGAGGAGUACGCCGAAUACUGUCCAUCCAAUAAGCGCCGCAAUCACUACUGAGUUCCUUCAAUUCGUGUGUGGUUGCGCUGCUAUUAUAGAUUAUCAUAAUAAUAAUAAUAAUAAUAAUAAUAUCU